UCUAUAAUUCUAUUUUUCAAACAAAAGAGAAAAGAAAAAAAGCACUGUGCCGCCAAAAUACGAACUCUAUCACACUCAGAAAAAGCUUCAUCGAUCGCUUUCGCCAUGGCCACCGCCAAAAGCAACAGAUUUUGCAAGUUCUAUGCCCGUGGAACAUGUUUGAAAGGGGAGCUGUGUUGCUUCUCCCAUGAGAGAAAUGAGGCUUCUUCAGAUGUACGUGACGAAUUUACAAUUCUUGUAUCUUCAGAUAUUUGCUUGUUCUAUCAGAAGGGCUACUGUGCUUAUGGCAGUCAAUGCAGGAAUAGGCAUGUCAAACCAUCACAGGCAUCAGCAUCAGCUUCAGCAAAUGGACCUGUAUCUUUGGUUUCACAAUCUGCCAUGAUUCAUAGUGCUGCUAAGGGAAAGUUUACUUGGGUUCGGAAGGCGGAUACGAAAGUGUUGUCACCAACUGACAAACACACUAGUAGCUUACAACACAAGAAUCAACAUUCUCAAGGGACUCAUUGUGAAGUUGGUGAAUCGAGCGCUCCUGCUAUGCUGGAUGAGAAUUUGUUCUGUGAAUUUGAUGCGGCCAACUGCACCUCAAGGGAUAAGUGUACCAAAAUUCAUGGAAUCCUCUGCUUGUACUGCAGAAAGCCUUGUCUGCAUCCAACCAAUCUGGAACAAAGGUCGAACCACAUGAAGAUAUGCAAGGAAAAGGCUGAGAUAAUGAAGAAUAGUCAAGAUAUAGAAUGCAGUGUUUGCCUGGAGCGCGUUCUGCGGAAGCCUAGACCAUCUCAGCGCAAGUUUGGUUUGCUAUCUGAAUGUGACCAUCCUUUCUGUUUAGACUGCAUCAUCAGGUGGCGCAAUAUGGCCCCAACCAAUGCAAUGGACUGCCCUGUGUGCCGCAAGCAUUCAUCUUUUUAUGUUCAAAGUGACAUUUGGUAUGCUACAAAGGAAGAAAAACAGGCAAUUAUUGACAAUUACAAGGCGAACUGCAAGUUGAUUGAUUGCAAGUAUUUUAAAUUUGGAACCAGGCAGUGCCCUCAUGGAACUAGUUGUAUGUAUAAGCAUGCUGUAAAACCUGUCUUGCGCAAACAGAGGCAAACCAGGCCACAACCUCAAAUUGGAGGAGACAAUCUCAACAAAUAUGACAUCAUGUCUCAGCUCAGUGAAUUUGAUUUGCAUCCUCAUGAGUUUUAUUCCAUCUUGAAAGACAUGGAGUGGUUCGAUGAUAUGAGUGCAAUGGAGAAGAUGGCUUUAGCUGAUGAACUGGCUGGUCCUACUUACGGAGAUUCACAUUUCUUUCCCCAGGAUGAUUUCUUUGAUAGUGAUGAUGAUUUUGAUGAUGAAGAUUUCGAUCCUAUUGAUGCUGCAAUAUCAUCAAUGAUGAUGUCUGGUAUGCCAGUAUUUGGAUUCAGUGAUGACGAAUACAGCAACAAUGAAGCCAGGGAUGGCAAAGACAGUGAUGGCGAAUCCAUUGAUGAUGAUUGAUGGAUUUAAUUAAGGUUUAGUUAUAAUGCCGUCUUUAACUUGCUUUUGAAGAAUAUGAACACCUAGCUGUUUUGGGACAAAAUGUUUGGAUAUUUUAAACUGUCUACAACUUUAGGAAUCAACAAAAUGCUAUAUGAUGGUGAAAUUUAUUUUGCAGCCUAAUAUUCAUGUCUGUCUGUCUUUGAAA